AUGGAUUGUCUUUUAAACCCACCACCACAGUCUAUUUUGGAUUUGAAAGCUCAUGCUCACCAACUCAUCUUUCGCCCAAGACUUGAUUCUUUUACAUGUAAUGCUUGUGGGUUAAAUGGAGAUCGAAGCCCUUACAUAUGUGUUCAAUGUGAUUUCAUGAUACAUCAAGAGUGUUUUUCCCUUCCACGCCUCAUAAACAUCAAUCGGCAUGAUCAUCGUGUUGCUCGCACAUCUGUUCUUGGUGUUGUGAAUUCUGUAUGUGGAGUUUGUCACCAAAAGGUGGAUUGGACCUGGGGCGGGUAUUCUUGCCAGAGGUGUCCUCAAUAUGUCAUUCAUUCGAAAUGUGCUACUAGAAAUGAUGUGUGGAACGGGAAAGAACUCGAAGGAGUCCCUGAAGAGAUAGAAGAUAUAAAGCCAUACGUGGUAAUAUAUGGCAACAUAAUACAACAUUUCAGCCACAAAGAGCACUACCUUAGAUUCCAUGUUAAUGGCUUUUUCCGGGAUGGAAACAAGCGGUGCAGUGCUUGCACCUACCCCAUUGGUCUCCAAUCCUUCUAUGAAUGUAUUGAUUGUGAUUUUAUGCUUCACCAAAACUGUGCUGAAUUUCCUCGAAAGAAAUGGCAUAUGCUACACAAUGAUCGACUUACAUUAGUUACAAGCGUAGCCGAAUUCUUUUGGUGUAUAGCUUGUAGAAGAAUGUCCAAUGGUUUCAAGUACCAGUGUGGGUAUGGGGUGUUAGAUGUUCUGUGCUGUUCAGUUUCGGAGCCGUUUGUCCAUCCAAGCCACCCUGAUCAUCCUUUGUAUUACAUUCGACAAGUGAAAUAUAGACAAUGCUAUGGUUGCAACGGUCGAACGUAUAAUGUGCUGACGUGCAUUGAAAGUUGUUGUGGAUUUGUCUUAUGCUUCUGUUGUGCCACAUUACCACAAGUGGUAAUGCAUAGAGUAGACGAUCAUCCUCUCUCACUAUGCUAUGGCGAAAAGGCAAGUGGCAAAUACUGGUGUGACAUUUGUGAGAAAGAAUUGAAUCCAAGUACAUGGUUCUACACAUCUAAAGAUCACCGAGCUAGUUUGCAUACAAAGUGCGUGUUAGGAGACUUUGCAGGGCUCAUGCCAAGAAGCACAAUAAAGUAUGGCAGCAGAUCAUAUGAGGUGGUGCUCAAUAAUAGUGUAUCUCGUCCAUUUUGCAGGGUGUGUGAGUCGCAUUGCAUGUACCCUAUCAGCUUGAAGAUGCUUGGAACCUCUGAUCCAUAUAUUUGCUCUUUAAACUGCCAAAAGCGUCUCAACUCUCUGGACAACUUGACGAAAAAGCUGGAGGCUCUAUAUGUUUUGAAAACAACAAAGAAGGAGUCUGAUGAUGACGAUCGAACGCAGCUGCAGGCUCUAUUACUUGCCGAGGAAACAGCAAAGAAGGAGCCUGAUUAUGCGGAUCGAAUGCAGUUGCAUUUUGUGCCUUUAGUAAGCUGCUCGAUAUGCAAACGUUUGGAAGUUGUCGUGAACGAUAUCAGCCAAACUGGGCAUGGAGAUCGCUAUAAGCUGGUGUGUAUGUACUGUAAAUAUUGCUGCUAUGCCUCAACGAAUAAGGUACUAACUCUGAAAAGACACAUAUAUGGAGGAUUUGAAGACCAACGACUCGAACCCUGACAACAAUCCUGAAGCCUCCAAGAAACAAGAGUAAAGGGGUUCCAACUUUUAACUUUAUGUUUAGAGUUACGAGUCUGAAUUCGUCGAACUUGGUUUCACAUUUAAAAGUUGAUUAACCUUAUGACAACAAAAAUAAGACUUUGGUCAUGGGCAUAUAUCAAUUGUCUCUCUCUCUUAUAGAACUUAUUUUGAUGCACC